AUGACCGCGCCAGCAGUUCGAGUGGCCCGUACGGCCGCCACCCGUGCCCGCAGCCUCCUGGCAACGGUGCAAUACACUCACCCACCAAACUGUCCCUGUCAUUCGAAUCCCAAUCAUCACCAUCACCAUAAGACCCCCUCGUUGAUGAACCAUGUGCGGCGACACCUGGCGACACCGACGGAUCCUUCGCGCGAGAAGGAGUAUGCCUUUGAGAUGGCGGCCUCGAGUAUCCGAUUUGGCCCCGGAUCCACCAAAGAAGUUGGCAUGGACUUUAAGAAUAUGGGAGCUAAGCGCGUGUGCAUUGUGACCGAUUCCACUGUCGCCAAGCUGGAUGCUAUGAAGCAGGCUGUCGAGGGAUUGACCCGCGAGGGUAUUGAGUUUACCAUCUAUGAUAAGGUCCGCGUGGAGCCGAAGGAUAGCUCUGUCAAGGAUGCGAUUGCAUUCGCCAAGCCGUAUAACCCGGAUGCCUUCCUUGCCGUUGGUGGUGGCUCCGUUAUCGAUACGGCCAAACUGAUGAAUCUAUACACCGUCUACCCAGAAGCCGAUUUCCUGGACUUCGUCAACGCCCCAUUGGGCAAGGGUCUCCCCGUCGCAAAGCAGCUUCUUCCCCUCGUCGCCGUUCCCACGACAGCAGGUACUGGUUCAGAAACCACCGGAACCGCCAUCUUCGACCUGGUGUCCAAAAAGGCCAAGACGGGCAUUGCCCACCGCAAUCUGAAGCCCACUCUGGGUAUCUGUGAUCCACUCAACACUCGAACCAUGCCGUCCGCCGUACACGCAUCUUCCGGUCUUGAUGUGCUCUGCCACUCUCUCGAAUCCUGGACCGCAAUCCCUUACAACGAGCGCACUCCUCGCCCCACAAACCCAAUUAACCGACCUGCCUAUCAAGGCGCAAACCCCAUCUCCGAUAUCUUCUCCCUGCAAGCGCUGCGAAGCACGGUCAAGUACCUGCCCCGCGCUGUGCGCGAUCCUGAUGACCAUGAGGCUCAGUCGAACAUGCUUCUCGCUGCCACACUGGCCGGUGUUGGUUUCGGCAACGCAGGCGUCCACCUUUGCCACGGCAUGAGCUACCCUAUCUCGAGUCAGAACCCAGGCUACAAACACGCCGGCUACAACGUCGACCACCCAAUUAUCCCCCACGGCGUGUCAGUCGCCGUCACUGCGCCCGCCGUCUUCCGCUUCACCGCAGCCUCCAACCCGGACCGGCAUUUGGCGGCCGCAGAGGCAUUCGGAGUUGAUAUUUCGAAUGUCAAGCGUGAGAGCGCCGGAGAAGUACUGGGUGAAGCCAUUUCGGAUUUCCUGAUCAAGCUGGGAGAUCAGCCGCGUGGAUUGAAGGAUUUGGGCUUUAAGGCGUCGGAUGUGGAUGGGUUGGUUGAGGGAACAAUUCCGCAGAAGAGAGUUUUGAUGCUCGCGCCGAAUUUGAGUGAGGAGUUGGAGGCGGAGAAGGGCGAGUUGAGGAAAUUGUUGGAGGAGUCAUUGGAGUAUUAA